AUGAGACGUCAAAUUACAGCACCAAUCACAUUCAUUAUUGCCUACGACGAAAAAUAUUUUAUCCUCUCUAAUGAUGAUAUGCCACAAAAUAUUGGUUUUUAUUCUUUUGAUACAGAACAUCCUUCAGAUAACGUGAAAUAUAAAACAAAAGAAAAAUAUCCAAAACAUGUUUUAAGUCUGGUUAGCCUUAUCAGCAAAAGUAAACUUGUUCAAUUUAUUGAAGUACAUCAUGUUGAUGAAGAAUAUAUUUUUUGGCCCAAUUUAGCAUCGUCACAUUAUGCCGAUGAAACAACACAAUGGUUUCUUCAAUACAAAAUCAACUUUGUACCAAAACAGAUCAAUCCAUCAAAUGUUCCAAAAGCACGACCUAUAGAAGAUUUUUUUUGGUCGAUUCUUGCUAGUAAAAUAUAUGAGGGAGGUUAG